GAUAUCUCGAAUUUGUUUUCUUUUAUUUUUUCACUCAAUGUUAGAAUUUCUUUGUUUGCUUUUAACUCUACUUGUUACGUCAUCAAGGUGACGUAUAUGAUUGGCGGAGUCAGAGUGAAUGUACUUCGGUAAUAAAAAGUACGAACAAUGUGCAAAUUAAAUUAUGAUAUCUAACCAUAUAUUCAGUGUUAACUCUUAAGUUAAUAGUUAUGAUUUACUUUCUCUCUAACUAUUUCUUUCCUACUUUUUUCUAGGUUUUUGCUUUGCCUUUUCGUUUUAUGGUGCCGCGUCCUCCAGGAUGGUCGUCGGAGCUCCUGUGUCGUAUCCCUAUCUCCUUCCCCCUUCUUCCCUUGUUCAUAUAUGUUCUUUCUGGUCUCUCUUUGCAGCGUAGAGGAAGUUUCCUAUAAGCUCAACGGUUCAUAUCUGGGGAUUUUCCGGCCUCGAUAUAGAGCUAAUAAGGCGAUAGCGGUGGGCUUGAGGAUGGUAUGUUUCUCGCUGAGUGGGUUUCUCAACUCUUAUGUCGGAGCUUCCAUACGAUUGGGUUUUGCUUCGUAGAAUUUCUUCUCAGGUUGGCGGCUCGUGAGGCAUCAGGUUGCUUUCUCUUUGGGUUGUCUUCCUCUCAACGCGGGCGUGGUUGGGUUCGGAGGCGUGCUCGUCUGGCAUCUAAAGCCUAUUUUCUUCAGAAUUUUGGCUACCGUUCCUGCUUUGUUAUCCUCCAGUGGUCUACGGUGGAUAUGUGUGCAGUCCUGCGAGGGUAGGCUUCGUCUCUCUCUUGUGGUGGUUCCGCUGGCAGCAUGCGAGAAAUGUUAGUCCUCUACUUGCAUACUUGAGCUUGCUUUGGUGUGGGUAGUGGCUAGCUGAUUCUUCAAACUGGUGUGAGCUCGGCGUUGUGGCGCUCAUUGUGGUCGUCUCCUUAUCCUUUGGGACCGCGGUAGCAAGUUACCUAGAGUGGAGUUUCUAAGAGUCUGGCGGCGUUGGUAGGGUCUCAGUUUGCCUUUUGAUCGUCUAUCUUGUUUCGUAGGUGCUUCUUCAGAGGAUGUGUACUCGAGUAGUCCUUUUAGUCUGUAUGAGUUACGGGUUAAAUGGGUGUAACGGUCCUGGGAGGGUGAGUUGGGGGCAGAAAUCUUCAGCUUGACGGAAGUUGUAGGUGCUAUGUGUUCUAAGGUUUCGAGGGCACCUUUCUUUCCAGUUGGUCGUAGCAACCAGUCGCUCACUCCGCUCUUGCCUUGUCAUCUGGUCUUUCGCUGCCACGCUUUGUGUUUCUCCAUAUUCCUAGUCUCUGCUCUUUUACUUUGGCUAUACUUUGCUGCUUAGGUCCGAGUUAGUUUAAUUUCUUGCAUCUCUGCUACCAAUUUUUCUUUGUGCUGUCUGUAAAAAAAUCAAACCAAAACCCUAACUUCUGCAAAUUAUAUCUUUCUAUUUGCCUCUCAGACGUCGGCGUGAGAGGCAUCUCGUCUCCCCUUUUUGUGCCUAAUAUUUUUUCACUUGUGGUUGAGAUCUAUUGACCAAGCUUUAGUUUGUGGCAGUCUUUCACUCUCCGAAAGUUCUGGAUCUUUGAGAUUCGGGUCUAGGUCUAGUUGCGGUGCUCCGAGUGGUUACCGCUCCUUUUCUCCUUCGUUUCGUAGUUAGCUUUGAGAUAUGUGUUUGGUCGAUGGUGGAGCUUUGGUUGUGCUGAAGUUGUGGGUGUGGCGGAGUGAUCUGUGAGUUUGUGGUGUGCUUUUACAGGGUGUUAUUGGGGCUGCAUCUGCUAGAGGACGGUGGACCAGAAACUGUUGACACUUUUCGGUGGUGCAACUAUCCAAGGGUUCUCUUCUACCUUUCUCUGCUCACUCUCAUGGAGUAAGUGAUCCCAUCUCUUGGUCGUCCGGUACUCCUUGAUCUCUCCUCAUUGGAUUUUCAAAGGCUUACGACAGAGGAUGUUGUUAUGGAGGUUCUUCUCCCACUGGAUGCUUUCUAAAGUUGCUUUAGGCGGAAGUCUUAUGUUUUGUCUCUCCUUUUGAAGCAGUCAUGUGUUUCAUAAGGUUCUAGCGGUGGUUUUACAAGCGACAGCGGCGGUCUUGUGCCUCAUAGCUAGGUUUUUCUAACCAGUCUAUUCAAGUUCUUUAGGUUUUUCGGUUUGUUGCAAUGUUGGGUUUGGUUAGUAGUUAGGGUUGGGCUUUGUAUCGUAUUAAACAUAAAAUCCAAAAAAAAUAUUAAUGUAACAAAUUUUAGCAAAAAAUAACAUGAAUAUAAAUCAUUUGCAAAAUAGAUAUUAUGUUUUUUAGUGUGUGGCUUUAGUUAAAGCAGGUAAUACAUAUAUUCAGGACCGGUUCUGCGAUUCUGGAGGUUAUAGACAAUUUAAGGAUUUCAAUAAUUUGUGGAUCUAAAAUUCUUUUUUUGCAAAUUUAGAGGUCUAUUUAUAUAUAAUUUUUUUCAAAAAUGUUGAGCGCUUGAAACGAACUCAUCCGACUUGGCUCCGCACCGACCAUGUAUACAUUUACAUCUUACUUUAUGCAAUUACUUCAGUCGAAUACAACCAAACUUACAAGUCACUAUACACAAAACAUUUAACGAUAUACUCCUAACAAAGAAAUAGAAAGGAACAUAAAUGGUAUAAAAGUCGACUUUUUAGCUGUUAUUGUUUCCGAUCUGUGACCCAGCCAUUGACUUGUAAUUUAUGUUUACAAAUUGACAAAUAUUAAUCUCUUUUUUUUUUUUGCAAUCAACAAAUAUGAAUCAUGACUAACUACGUUGAAAAUAUUGGUGAUAAAAAAAUAUCAACAAUUGAAACCGAUGGGGGUGGCUAUAUAACCACGGGGAAAUCAAAUAAAUACCCGACCUUUUAUCAAAUUAAUAAUAUAUAUAUUUCCACAAAGAGUCUUUCCUCUCUAUUUCUCGCCUCCUUCCUCCAUCUCUCAGCUGAAAUCCCCCAGAAAAAGGAAGGAAGAAAGGGGACACUUGGAGAAAAGGUUAGGAUCUAAGCUUAUGAUCCUAAAGCGUGAAGCCAAGAUAGAACAACAACGAGUAAACUCAAAACUUGUGUUGUGUCUUGAUGGGGAACUGUUGUCCUGGCGGAUCUUCUAGUGUUCGACAUGAACAGAGCCCUGUCUCCACCAAGCCCCUCUCAGUGGUAAAAAAUAUUCAAGAUCCAGUUAAAAUAAAACUUCCGCCGCCGUUGGUGGCGAUUCCCCCAGCUAGGGGUUUGAAACCAAAGUUUCCGGCGGCGGUACCAGGAAGGCCAACGAGACCCGUCUAUAACCCGCCGCGUGAAAAGCAUCAGGAGAAGACAAGAUCCGUAGAUAGUCCACCAUUAAAGCCGGUGGAGAAACUAGGUAUAGGUAAAAAGGCAGUGCCGCCGAGCGGGAAGAUAGUGACGCCGAGUCUAAAGAUGUUUUCAUUAGCGGAUCUUAAGACGGCGACAAAGAAUUUCCGACCGGAGUCGAUGAUCGGAGAAGGUGGAUUUGGACAGGUGUUCAAAGGAUGGCUGGAAGAGAAGACGUUAGCUCCGUCGAGGGCCGGUGUCGGAAUACCAGUAGCCGUUAAGAAAUCAAACCCUGAUAGUGCUCAAGGCUUGCAUGAAUGGCAGUGUGAAGUGAAAUUCUUAGGGAAGUUUCAUCAUCCAAAUCUGGUCAAGCUCUUGGGUUACUGCUGGGAAGAGAAUCAGUUCCUAUUGGUUUACGAGUAUUUGCCUAAAGGAAGCCUUGAGAAUCACCUCUUCUCAAAAGGAGAGGCGUUGACAUGGGAUACACGUUUGAAAAUAGCCAUUGAAGCAGCUCAAGGACUUACCUUUUUGCAUAACUCUGAAAAGAGUGUUAUUUACAGAGACUUCAAAGCUUCUAACAUCCUUCUUGAUUCCAACUUCCACGCCAAGCUUUCUGACUUCGGUCUAGCCAAGAAUGGUCCAAUUAAUGGAUUUUCUCACGUGACCACACGUGUAAUGGGUACACAAGGUUACGCAGCUCCUGAAUACAUGGCUACAGGUCAUUUAUACGUGCGGAGUGAUGUUUACGGGUUUGGAGUGGUCCUCCUAGAGCUAUUAACCGGUCUAAGAACACUAGACCCAACCCGACCAUCUGCUCAACAGAACCUUGUGGAAUGGGCUAAGCCAGCUCUGACUCAGAAAAAGAAGAUCCAGAAAAUGAUGGACCCACGGCUCGAGCACAAAUAUCCAAUUAUGGCAGUGACCAGAACCGCUGCGCUAAUUCUACGGUGUCUCGAGGCUGACCCCAAGAACCGACCGCCCAUGGACGAUGUACUUAGAGAAUUAGAAAUCGUGAGGACUAUCAGAGACGAAGAGAGGCGUAAACGUAGCAGUGGUGGUUCAGAUAAUAACCGUGUUAAUGGAUAUGGUUCACCGCACGUCCGUAGAACCGGUCGAACCAGAUAGUCAAAGAAAGUGGCUUUGGAUAGGAGUCAUAGACACAUAUGCAUACGUAAAACAUUUGUUUUUUAUAAAAUAAAACGUAUUCUUUUUUCUGUACGUAGAGUUUUGUUUUACAUUUUUAAAAAUUAACUAAAUAUAAUAUGGCAAAAAGAAAGAAAGAAAACUUAGUGAAA